UGUACAGCACAUGCUUCCUCUUCAUCUUGUUGUUCUUCUUGGUGAAUGAGGAGCUGCCUGCAGAUUCUCAGAAGUGAACAAGCUCCACUUCAGAUCGACAGCCACUUACAGCUGCUGUAUCUUUGUUUCUACUUUGGUCACAUGAAGUAAUGAGUCAAUAAAGUCAUCUUUUCAGUUGAUGUCAGCAUGAACGCUUCCACAGCUUCAGUCCCAAUGGUUCCAAUGGGGUUGGUAACCCAUGCUCCUACUCCAGAGGCUGUGACCAAGAUGCUGAUGCAGGACGUCAACUCAGGCAAUGGAGAACUUGCAGCCUUGAUUGGAGGGAUCGUGGGUGCGGUGCUGCUCGCGCUCAUCUGUGUAAUUGCCGUGUUGAUGUGGUGCCUUUCCAGACAUAAAGGCUCAUACAUCACCAACGAGAUGGACGACGAUGACGAUAUUGAUAACGACGACGAGGAGCCUUUCUGCUCCGAUAUGAUGCUUCAAGCCAACAAACCUCUGAUGAUCGAUGAAGAUGAAGAAAGUAGGAUGGAGACUUGAUGGGAGCAGUCAGGGACAAAUGAGUUUUUAUAGCUUUUUUAUAGUUGUGAGAAAUGUAAGGUUUUAAUUUACAUUUAAAUUUGCACUUUGAUGCCACCAAUUGCCAGCAAUUUAAUUUUUAUUAUAUUUAUUGGAAUCCAAGGCUAAAUUCACUUUCCUAACCAACAUUUCUAGUUUAUGUUGGUUCUCAGUCCUCCAGAUAUUCAUCACUGUGAGAUACUUUCAAUGUCUACUUUGGCAGAAUAACUUUAAAAUGAACUUGCACCCAGAAAUCUUCAGGAAACUCAUUCACCAGAGAGUUGCACGUUGGAACCUCCACCUGCCACCAGAUGCUGCUGUUUUCUCAAACGUGAUAACCAUCCAUCAGCAUCUUAACUCUUGAGUGCCGGUGUUUUUUCCCACCCUGGUCAUAUUUGUGAUCAUAUUUUAAGCUCUUAACUAACUGCAGACUAACUAAAUGCUGACUAACAUACAACUGUCAUGAAUAAUUUCCAGGAAAUAAUCCAUACCAAGAAAUGUGUAAACAUUUAGACCAGAGAGUUGAUGGCAAUUUUCUUAGUUAUUAAAAUACCCUGUGCAUCUAUUUACAUUUUUAUAAGAAUAAAGUUCACACGUUUUGAUAAAUUG